GUGAAAUGACAUUCCGUGGAGUGACGUCGGAAGGGCACCGGCAGUCAGCAGAAUUGACCCUAGUUACAAAUGCCCCGUUCAUCCCUGAUUACAAGGAAUUAGCUAUAGUCUCAUGGGUUGAACGUCGGGAAUAACUGACAAAGACAAUACUCGCUGAUCAUCACUGUAUCACUGAGAUGUCGGGAGAGACGAGUUCACAGAAUGCUAAUGGGAAAGUUAGCCGGGUCAUAAGAAUUGGAACCCGAAAGAGCCAGCUGGCUCGUAUUCAGACGGACAGCGUUGCAGAGAAGCUGAAGAGACUGUACCCCGAUGUCCACUUAGAAAUAGUUGGCAUGACAACUACAGGGGACAAAAUCCUUGACACAGCGUUAUCAAAGAUUGGAGAGAAGAGCCUUUUCACCAAAGAACUGGAGACUGCUCUGGAGCGAAACGAAGUAGACUUGGUGGUCCACUCUUUGAAAGACUUGCCCACGACUCUACCUCCUGGCUUUACCAUAGGAGCUGUGCUAAAGCGCGAGAACCCCCAUGACGCAGUGGUCUUGCAUCCCAAAAACAUGGGAAAAUCCCUUGACACCCUGCCCGACAAGAGUGUGAUAGGCACAAGUUCCCUACGACGGGCUGCACAGCUAAAGAAAAGAUUCCCCCACCUGGAGUUUAAAGAUAUUCGAGGAAACCUCAACACGAGGUUGAAGAAGCUGGAUGAAAAGGACGACUUCUCGGCCAUUAUACUGGCUGCAGCUGGACUCCGUCGCAUGGGCUGGGAUAGCCGAGUCAGCCAGAUCCUGGGCCCUGAGGACUGCAUGUACGCUGUUGGACAGGGGGCUCUUGCCAUUGAGGUGCGGGCCAGAGACGAGGACAUCCUGGAGAUGGUGUCUGUUCUGCACGACCCCGACACUGUCCUGCGCUGUAUAGCAGAGCGAGCUUUCCUCAGACGACUGGAGGGGGGUUGCAGUGUACCGGUUGCUGUCCACACUGAGGUUAAGGACUCUCAGCUCUACCUGACGGGAGCAGUGUACAGCCUGGAUGGUUCAGACAGCCUCAAGGAGACCAUGCAGACCAGCAUUGCUUCAGACAAUAAGGUGGAAGAGCGAGUGGAUGAGCGGGUCCAGCGUGUUGGCGUAACAGCGAACAACAUGCCAGGCCCGGCCCAGGAUGCAUCUGAGAAGCUAGGUCUAGACUUGGCCAAUCUACUGCUGAGUAAAGGGGCGAAGGAGAUCCUUACCGUGGCCAGGCAACUUAACGAUGCGCGAUAAACUCACUUUGUGCCCCCAGCUGGGUCCUGGAGGUGUAACCUGCACUCACCGGUACUCAUGAUAUAGAAUAGCACUGUCAGCACCACCAGACGCGGGUUUGAGUAGUAUUCGUUUUCGUUCAGUUUGAUUGAGCCUGCUUGACGUGCCAGAACAUUAACGCACCGGUAACUGCCAAAAUAAUGGAAACGCUUGAGUAAAUGAAGAAUGCAAAGCAUAUUAAGGAUGGAGCUUCCACAGAGGUUUGGUUCCUGAGUUAAUUAAGCAAUUAGGAUCCCAUCAUGCUUAGGGUCAUGUAUAAAAAUGCUGGACAGGCCAUAGGAUCACAAUUCCCUCAUUCACAGGGCAUGAAUGUUCACUCAAUGGUUUGAUGAGCCUGAAAACAAUGUAAGCCAUAUGACGUGGCUGUUUCAGUCACCAGAUAUCAACCCAAUUGAACACUUAUGGGAGAUUCUGAAGCGGCACGCCUGAGACAGCAUUUUCCAUCAGCAAAACACCAAAUUAUGGAAUUACUCGUGGAAUAAGGGUGUUGCAUCCUGCUAAUAGAGGCACGUUGAAGUUGUCAUGGCUCGUGGUGGCCCAACACCGUAUUGAGACACUUUAUGAUAGUGUUCACUUUAUUAUGGCAGUUACCUGUGCACACAUUGAGGGACUCCAUUUCUCAGUGGGGAUCAUGCUACCUCUUUCAUCAACAGAGCUCUGAUAAUCUUGUUUGAUGAAUGACGCGUGUGACACAUUAGCAAUGUCUGUUAAACAGACCCGGAACAUGCAGGCAGGCUACAGUGACAAACUCUAGCUUAUGAGUACUAUCAGACCGAGUUCCAAGGCCACCUGUCUAAAACACCAGAGCGUCUAUUAUUAUUACUACUCAGCGUAUAUCUAUUUUUCUAUUCCCCAUGAUCCAUGUCAAGAUGAUAAUGAAAAAACUGCAUAUAAAAUGCAGAUGAUGAACACUGGAUGCAGUACAAAAAAGCUAAAGUCACUGUCUGAUACCUGUGGCAUUUUCCUCUCACUGUGUUCACAAGUUCAAUGUGUUUUGAUUUUUAUUGCUUGCUUGCCUUUGCUAUACCAAUUUUAAGAAUAUGAAGCAGCGUAAAAUAACACCCAACAAGUGCCAUCUGCCUACUUCAAAACGGCCUCCAUUCAUAAAGCGUCUCAGAGUAGGAGAGCUGACCAGGUACUCCCCGGCCAUGUCAUCUUAUUCAUUAUGGCAAAACUGAUCCUAGAUCAGCACUCCUAUCCUGAGAAGCUUUCUGAAUACUGGCACAGGUUUGGUAUGAUCCAGCCUACUACUCAACAACUUCAGAAUUUCAACAAGUAUUCCAUAACCAUAGCAUUAGAUAUGGCUCCAACGGUAACUGUAUGUGUGUAUUAUGAAAGAAAUAGAGGAAAUGAUUGAAUGUAAUGUCAUAAGCUACCUUUUAGAUCAUUUGUGGGUUUUGUUGACAAACCUUAUGCUGUCAGAUACCAUCAUUUUGUGCCUUACUUUAGUUGUCUAUGGGGCUGCUGUGCGUACAGCUUCGCUUCCAACCUAAUACAACCUUAUUACCUUGAACUACACGUAUGCCUUUUCCGUUUUACAGUGUCGCCCCAUUGUGACCUCUCCCAACUUAUAUUUAGCAGAAUGCGUUAUGUAACAUAUGUUGCAUUAUGUUACAUCACGUGGUGUUUUGUUGUUUGACUAUCAAUACUUUGAGGGGUUGGUUGUGCCAUAUUUCUGUUUGGCAGCUUUCUGCUUUUCCACUGCAGUGCCCAAGACAUUUUUUAAGAAGAUGCUGGUCAAAUGAUACUUGCUAUACCAUCUAUCUAUUUAUUGUUGCAGCAAUCAUCAUGACAUGACAGAAUGUGGAAAUGUAACGCAAUCUGGAAGCGUCACACUUUGCUUUGUCACUUUCAUGAGUUCUGUGUCAUAAAAAGGAGCCAGCCUCAAAUAAAAGCCACAAGUUGCUCUCUAGUUUUUUAUUACUCUCUAGUAUUUUUUAAAAUUUGAUUCGUAGUUUAUUACUCAACCAAUGUUCGGUAGAGCACCCGUGUUUUCAUUUUCUUCGUUCUUCUCGGUCUUAAAAGGGGGCAAUCUGCGGGUGCUUCAUCCAUUUUGGGACUUCUGAAUUAAGGAAAUGUUCCCAUUGGUUCUUGAAGAAUAUAACUUAGAAAUGCCUCAUGAGCUUAGUUCAACUGUCGUGCCUCAUCAGAACCCAAAUUAUAAGCUUCUUUCACUCCUAUGUUUGUAAACAAAGUAAAUAUAAACAAACAUGCCUCAAUAUGGUUCAAACUAUAAUUGUAGUAUCAUGGUUGGUCAAUCCUUGCAUCCAUAGCUCUGUCUAUAAAUUUGAGAGAUUUUUACUGAAACGGGUGGGGAGAACACAGUUAUUGUUUCAACAGCUUUAAAGGGAAAGUUCAGUUUACAAAGUAAUGUUAGAUGGUUCAUUCCUCACCCUGAAAGCGAUCUGGACUAGGAGAAACUAAUCCAUGUUUCAGUUUUCUUUAAAUAGCCACUACAAAUUUCAGCUAACUUUGGCCUCCGUAGUGGAAAUUCCACAGAAGUCGUUCUACCACAGCAGGUCCAUCCCAUCUGUCCAUCAGACAAUAGAAAUGCUUGUUCAUAUUGGCAGUUUGAAGUGACUCAAAUCAUAUAUAGCUCAGGACCUCAGACUGGUGCAAAGGUUCACCUUCCAACAUGGCUUACAUCUGCUAUGACAGGCUCAUUGUCCAGCCUCCCUUCGAGGCUUCUAUUUUUCCCAGUCUGUUUGCUCCUAUUUUCCCCAGUCUGUUUGUUUCUAGUCCUCCUUGUUUCAACCCUUGCCUGUCCUGACUCCGAACCCGCCUGCCUGACCACUCUGCCUGUUCUGUCUACCAGCCUUCCUAUCCCCUUUUACUGUUUUGGACUCGGAUCUGGUUUCUGACCCCUGCCUGGCCUGACCUCGAGACUGCCUAUCGUCUGGUACUGUUUGGACUCUGACCUGGUUUAUUAACUAUCGCCUGUCCCCGGCCUGCCUUUGUUAUAAUAAAUAUCAGAGCUCUA